UUUUCUUUUUGUUCCCAAGGCCACCUUAAAGUGGAGGGGACGGGGAACAGAAGUUAGGUCUGGCAUUCUUUCCCCCGAACAGGGCUUCUUUGAUCGUUCCAGUCUAGUGUUGGGCAGAUCCGAUCGGAAAAAUUAUGGUCAGGGGUUCGCUUGGCAAGCUUCUUUCCCGAUCCAUCUCGCUCGCCGGAAAAUGGCAACAACAACAGCUACGGCGGCUCAACAUCCAUGAGUACCAGGGUGCUGAGUUGAUGAGCAAGUAUGGGAUAAAUGUUCCAAAGGGUGUUGCUGUGUCCUCCAUUGAUGAGGUGAAGCAGGCUUUGAAGAAUGUUUUCCCUAAUGACAAAGAGUUGGUUGUCAAAAGUCAAAUUCUUGCCGGUGGAAGAGGCUUAGGGACAUUCAAAAGUGGACUAAAGGGUGGCGUGCAUAUUGUGAAAGCUGAGGAGGUGGAACAUAUAGCUGGUAAUAUGCUGGGGCAAAUUCUAGUUACCAAGCAAACUGGACCCCAGGGAAAGCUUGUGAGCAAGGUGUACCUGUGUGAGAAGUUAUCGCUUGUGAAUGAGAUGUACUUUGCCAUUACCCUCGAUCGUUCUAGUGCUGGUCCACUUAUUAUAGCUUGUCGAAAGGGAGGAACGAGCAUAGAAGACCUCGCAGAGAAGUUUCCGGAUAUGAUUGUUAAGGUUCCUAUUGAUGUUUUCAAAGGAAUCACGGACGAAGACGCUGCUAAAGUCGUCGAUGGUCUUGCACCUAAGGUGGCUGAUAGGAAUGCUUCAAUUGAGCAAGUGAAGCAGCUUUAUGAACUUUUUUGCAAGUGUGAUUGCACCUUAUUGGAGGUUUUUUUUCUAAAUAAGCUACACAAUUUAUUUAUGAUGGAAGUGUUAAAAUAGUCUCUGACUCCUUGC